GAAAUUUGUAAGACAAUACUCGUCCUUGACAAUGAUACACGCCUUUCAUUUAAAAAUUACAACUUUAGAAGGUGCGCCAUUGAACAAAUAUUUUCAUUGCCCAUUGAAAUCGGACGGUGGAAGCUAUGGAAAUUGAUCGUGGAAGUACGUCUCAUGAUCAAAUCACGCGGAAGCAUGGGGAAGAUAAAGAAGAAGAAGAAAGGGGGAAGUUAAACCCUAUUGUGGUGUUACUAGUGGGUGCACCCGGAAGUGGAAAAUCCACCUUCUGUGAUCACGUUAUGAAGAAUUGUCCCCGGCCUUGGGCCCGCAUUUGCCAGGACACUAUUAGUAAUGGCAAGUCUGGGACAAAAAUCCAGUGUCUAGCCAGUGCAGGAACUGCAUUAAAGGAUGGUAAAAGUGUAUUUAUAGACAGAUGCAACCUUGAAAGAGAGCAGCGUGCAGAGUUUUUGAAGCUUGGUGGCCCAAAAGUUGAGAAGCAUGCUGUAGUGCUUGAUCUUCCUGCCAAGCUCUGUAUUUCUCGGUCUGUGAAGCGGAGUGGGCACGAGGGCAACUUACAAGGUGGGAAAGCUGCUGCAGUCGUGAAUCGGAUGCUGCAAAAGAAGGAAUUACCUAAGUUGAGUGAAGGGUUCACUCGAAUUACAUUCUGUCAGGAUGAAGUCCCGCUUCCUCCAACUUCUCCAUUGUUUACUAGGGAAGGCAUAACUCAUGUUAUACAUGUUUUAGGACCAAAUAUGAAUCCUCACAGACCAAACUGUCUCAACAAUGACUAUGCCCAAGGCUGUGAGGUACUUCGUGAAUCUUACUCAUCCCUUUUUGAAGGGUUUGCAUCCAUAGUGAGGUGUCAUGGAGGAUCCUCGAAGGGAAGCAGUGAGACAUCACUAGAAUCAAAGAUAAGUCCUACAAAUGGUGAUCAGAAGGUCAAAAGGGAAUCUAUCUAUGAAUCAGAUGUAAACAAAAAAUUUAAGGGACUUCAGAAAGACCUUAAACCUAGUGUUAGAAAUUAUCUGAACAAAAAGGAAGACCCAGAUAAGGAAGAUGGUGGGGGCAUGACCAAAGCAUGGAACUCAUGGGCUCAGGCUCUUUACAAUAUUGCAAUGCAUCCUGACAAGCAUAAGAAUGUUGUGAUGGAGAUAUUGGAUGAUGUUGUAGUACUGAAGGAUCUUUAUCCAAAGGCUCAGCGGCAUCUGUUGGUGUUGGCAAGAGGUGAAGGUCUGGACCAGCUUGCAGAUGUAUGCAGAGAGCACCUCUCAUUGCUAAAGACAAUGCAUGCUGUUGGGUUGAAGUGGGCAGAAAAGUUUCUUGAUGAAAAUAAAUCACUGGUAUUCCGUCUUGGGUACCAUUCAGCCCCUUCAAUGCGACAACUGCACCUUCAUGUGAUCAGCCAAGAUUUUGACUCGAAACAUCUCAAGAAUAAGAAGCAUUGGAACUCAUUUAAUACCCCAUUCUUCCGGGAUUCAGUUGAUGUGAUACAGGAAAUCAACGAACAUGGCAAGGCCACAUCGAAAAAUGAAGACAAUUUCCUCUCCAUGGAAUUGAGGUGUCAUAGGUGUCAAAGUGCACAUCCAAACAUACCUCGCCUCAGAUCGCAUAUUAGCUCUUGUCAAGCCCCAUUUCCUGCUGCUUUGCUCCAAAAUAGUCGUCUUGUUUUCAUGCCAAGUGAAGAGGGUACCGGCAAAUAGUUAUUCCCUUUGUGAAGUUUUUCUGAUGUAUAAAUAACACUUAAAAUUCUCUUCUGCAUCAAAAUGAUUUUGUGACCUCUGCUAUAUAUUCCCCCACGCAUUUAAUGUU